UGCGCGAGAAAGUCGGAAGUAAACAACGAUAUCGUUCUCUUGUAUGCGGUGGACAGCGAUAAACUGUGAAAACAGGCAAAAGGCUUUUUGGCAGCCUCUAGGUGGUGCUAAUGCAUAAUUCCCCUCAUGGGGAUGGUCACCUUAUUCCUUGUUGGACUGAUAGUCCACGUGGUCUUCUUCUUCUCCAUCUUUGACAUCUACUUCACCUCUCCGCUGGUCCACAGCAUGGCCCCCCACACCAUGCCACUGGCCCCCCCUGCCUCCAGGGUGGUGUUAAUGGUGGCUGAUGGUUUAAGAGCAGACAGCUUCUUCACACUUUUGCCCAACGGAUCAUCCAGGGCCCCUUAUCUGAGACAUAUCAUGGAGGAGCAGGGCACCUGGGGGAUCUCACACACACGUGUGCCCACAGAGUCUCGACCCGGACACGUCGCCCUCAUCGCUGGCUUCUACGAGGACGUCAGCGCUGUUGCCAAAGGUUGGAAGGAGAAUCCUGUGGAGUUUGACUCUGUAUUUAAUGAGAGCAGACACACGUGGUGCUGGGGCAGCCCCGACAUUCUGCUCAUGUUUGCCAAAGGUGCCAGUGGAAAUCACGUGACCUCGUACACGUACCCAGCAGAGGAGGUGGACUUUGCCUCUACAGAUGCCUCCAGACUGGACACCUGGGUGUUCACUCAAGUCAAAUCUUUCUUUCAGUCAGCAAAGUCUAACUCCAGUCUGAGGGCCAAACUGCUCACAGAUCAGAAUGUCUUCUUUCUCCAUCUGUUGGGCCUCGACACAAACGGACAUGCACACAGACCAAUGUCACAGGAAUACUUGGAUAAUAUUGGUCUGGUGGACUCUGGCAUCUCUGAUGCAGUGUCUGUAAUGGAAGACUUCUAUGGUUAUGAUGGUAGAACGGCCUAUGUGUUUACCUCUGAUCACGGCAUGACCAACUGGGGUUCCCACGGUGCAGGUCAUCCUUCUGAGACUCUCACCCCUAUAGUCGUGUGGGGUGCCGGAGUUCAUUAUCCUCAAAGGGUCACUGAACCUCAAAUAUACAACGACGGAUAUCUCCAAGAGUGGAACCUGGAGCACCUCCGAAGGGUGGAUGUCAGUCAGGCUGACGUCGCUCCACUCAUGGCUUCUCUCAUUGGUGUGCCCAUUCCUGUCAACUCUGUCGGUGUGUUACCUCUUCUUUAUCUUAAUAACAGCGACCACUUCAAGGCAGAGAGCAUGUACACCAACGCAGUUCAAAUACUGGAGCAGUUUAAGACUAAAAUGAGCCAGAAAAAGGACACGACCUUGUCUUUUCUUUUCACACCGUACCCAUUAUUGACAGAGUCUAAAGUGUCUGAAUUCCUCCUUAACACCAGACGACUGAUUCUGCUGCAGAAGUACGAGGACGCUAUCUCUCUGUGUCAGUCUCUGAUCUCUCGUGCCCUGGAGGGUCUUGUCUACUACCACGUCUACGACAGGUUUUUCCUGGGGUGCAGUGUGGUGCUGGGAUUUGUGGGCUGGACCUCGUAUGUUGUUGUAGUUAUACUGAAGACCCACGUGACUCACAACAGACACCCCAGCUUUACCAAACAGGUUUCUCCCUGUAUCCUGUUGAGGCUGUGCACGUGUCUGUCGGUGGUAAUGGUCGUCUUCCUGCUCGUUCAAAAGAGUCCCUUCACCUACUAUAUUUACUGUCUGCUGCCCGUUCCUGUGUGGUACUGUGUUUUUAAAGAAUCGGGGACCCUGACGGAUGGGAUCCACUCGGCGAUGUCGCUGCCACUGUGGAAAUGUUUUGGAUAUUGUUUUCUCGUGGUGUUUGGACUUGAACUGUUGGUGGUGAGUUUCUUCCAUAGGGCCACGCUGACAGUCGGCCUGGUGGCGCUCUCUCUCUGGCCCUUCCUGUCUGGGCUUCAUUUAAAGGACAAGCCCCAUUCAGUGAGCUGGUUUCUGGGCUGUCUGUGUUUGGCGGCAUUCCCCCUGAUGCCUAUUCUGGGUCGAGAGCCCAACAUGCAUCUGGUAAUCUGUGCAGGUCUGCUCACCUUCUUCACCUCAGCCUGUUUCCUCUGGUCCACUCAUAAAACGAUGCCGCUGCACCGCAGUGACAAGCUGCAGUUCUUCAUCCAGAUGUUCCAUGUGGCGGUGUGCACAUUUGUGCCCUUUGUCACGCACUCCAGUCUGCAGCAGAAACAGGGUCUGCCACUCCUCAACCAGAUCAUCAGCUGGACCACGUUAGGAUCUUCUCUGGUGGUCCCUCUGUUGAGUUCCACUCGUCUUUUCCAUCGUCUCCUCAGUGUCCUCCUCUCUCUCACGGCCACGUACCUCCUGCUCAGCACCGGGACUGAGGCAUUGUUUCCACCCGUGUUGUCUUGGCUGAUGUUUGCAUGGAUCCACAUUGAACAGACAGCUGUGCUCGCUCAAGGCGUCGGUGGGAGGCACGAGGUAAACCUGCAGCUGUCUACUAUGGACUUUGCUGAAAACAUCAACAUCUCCAAAGUCCGACAACUGAAGCUGGAUGACGUCAGAAGAUCGUAUUUCUUUGUAUUUUUUAUUGUAACAGCUUUCUUCGGCACGGGUAACAUCGCUUCCAUUAACAGUUUUGAUCCAGCGUCUGUUUAUUGCUUUGUCACUGUCUUCAACCCCUUCAUCAUGGGCGGGCUGAUGAUGUGGAAGGUCAUUAUUCCAUUCAUCAUAGUGAUGUGUACAUUUGAGACCAUCCAGGUUGCAACGCAGCUCUCGUCUAGAAGUUUGUUCCUCAUUGUCCUUGUUAUCUCUGAUGCCAUGGCCCUGCACUUCUUCUUCCUGGUCCAGGACUACGGCAGCUGGCUGGACAUCGGCACCAGCAUCAGUCACUAUGUCAUCGUGAUGUCCAUGACCAUCUUCGUGAUGCUGCUCAGUGUGCUCACACACACUCUCACCUCAUUCAGACUCUACCUCUGCAGGAAACCCAAGAUGCACUUCCCCUAAAUACGAGUGGACAUGUGCAGUUUAAAAGAAAACUUGAAUAUUUAUUUCUAGUUUUUUGUUUGUCUUUUUACCCUUGUGUGUCUCAGAAAUUUACGAGCUGUAGAUGUGUGUAACAGACUUACCAAAGUUGCAUCAGCACCAGUAGAUACUCCGGAGACCUCGUCAAGGAGAGGACAGGUGUAAGUUUGUGGGUCAGACGUUGGUUAGGGUCAGUAACACCCCACACAGGUGUCUGUGCGAUCCACAGCUCUAAGGUCAACAAAUUCUUGGUGAUGGAAAUGGAAGAAGUGGGAUUGAAGAGGGAUACAGCUUAGAGAUCUGUGAAAAGGAGAGCAGAUGAUGGAAAGAAAAGGAUCUGCGCAAAACGUUCGAUCAGGAAUACAAAGGAUUACAUUUUGCUUCAGGUCUUAAUAACAAGUCCUGCGCUAUUAAAGGGGAGCUCCAACAUUUUUAACUUGGGCUUGAUUUUUUUUUUUUUUUUUUUUUUUUGACGUUUUUGGAUUUGUCCUUUCACCUGGGCAAAAACAGUGUUACUUAUGUAGGAUGGAAACACCAUAAUGAGCUAAACCACUACACCAUCCAGUAAACGCCUUCAUGUUGCCAAAGAACAGGUGAAAAUGUCAUUCCAAGUAUGUGGUACCAUAGCGAGGAUCACUACAGAGGUAAACAUGCACCUGUUUGCCUCAGUGACUG